AUGGCCGGAUCUAAGGCUCUGCCCGGACUGCUCGCUAUUGUCACCAUUCUGGUGUGCUUGGUUCCUCCUAGCCUCGCUGCCGUGCCUGCCAUUUUCAGCUCUAGCGUCAGGUUGUCAGAUCCGACUGAUGCUGUCAGUUACGAGUCAGUUCAAGGAUCCGCUCUUCCUUCUCUUCUGUUCGACCCUUCUCGCGAUGAUUCGAUCUUCUCAUCCUUCGACGAGGAGAGGCCUGGCGUGGUGCUCGUGUUCCUGGGCAAGGAGAUUCAAACCACCGACCUGUCGUCUCCUACUGGAUCCGUCGAGCCUCUGAAGGCUCUCCUCUCCCAGUCCGCGUCCUCCAAGGUCUUCCCCUACGUGCAGCCGCUCGACCACGCCGCCACUGCCCACGCUCUGGACGCUCUGCUCGCCUCCUUCUCCUCGCUGGCGUAUGCGGGACAUGCUGCAGUCAGCACCUCGUGUGGCCCUGUCUCUCGUGCGGGGAUCCACCGCUUCAGCGGUGAAGACUCCCUCAAGGACCUUCUGAACAACCGUGCCAGCAUGAGGGCAGCUAGGGAGCUCGACAUGGUGCUGUAUUGCUCGGAUGCCCCUGCAAGCGCUGACUCACACGAUGAUGCUGUUGCAGCAGAGACUACUGAGCUCUCCUCUCUGGCAUCCCUCAUCAAGGCCAUCACCCCCAACUAUGCUCUCUUCUACACCGCACUCCCCGACGCCGACGUGGGAGCACAGAGGCGUCUCCUCGCUGCUGCUGACGACUAUCCUGCUGCCGGCACAGGUGCUGCUGAUGCUGCUGCUGAUGCUGCUGCUGCAGGCGGUGGUGCUGGUUUUGAUGCGGUUGGUGCCGGUGCGGAUGCUGGUGCGGGUGCAGAGGGCGUGGAGGGACAGGAUGUGGCUAGGGCGGCGGUGGUAAAGAACAAGUGUGGGCCAACGUGCAAGACCCGUACCGCUCUCCUUGAGGGCAUCUUUGCUGGCAUUGUGAUGCUCAUGAUUCUCGUCUCAGGUCUCACAGUCCUCUCUCAGAUUGACACGCCCACACGGUUUGAGGUUGCGCUGACAGCCCGCCUUCCCCUCUGGCCCGCAGCCAUGGCGCGGACCACCAUCCCCUUCUACCUAUCCCGCCUACCGCGUCUCUUCGGCCUUCUCUCCCUGCUUCUCCUCGCGUCGCUGAUACCGCAUCUACUCGUCUCCGCGCAACCCGCUUCGUCCGCUGCCGCGCGCAGGCAAGCCGCGCAACCCGCUGCGGCCGCAACGACGAAGUCGGCGGACCAGGACGCGAUCGCGAAGAAGCGGUUACAGCUCAACGACACUGUAGCGCUCGCCGUGGGGUUAUCCAUUGGGAUUUUCUUCCUGCUGCUGGUUCUGGGAUGCCUCGCGUGGGUGUUUUGGCGAUCGCACCGGAAGGCGAAGCUCGAGCAAUUGGAGCGCGACGCGGAGAAGAAGCUGAAUCUGGAGACGGCGCUGGUUGGCGGAAACCGCGCGCCCGCCGCGGGCGCGUCAAGGACGAAAGCGGUGAUUGAGUGGGAGGAAUCGCUGCCGUCCAUUGAUGGGAUCUAA